ACUAAUAAAGAGGAUAAUGUGCGUGGGUUGAGUAGAUAGUACACAUCCUGUAUGUGAUAGGAACCGUAGCAAGCAAACAGAUAAGAAGAAUGAAGCUCAGUUCCUCUUGGUCCAACUUGAUGGGUCGAGACUUAUUAUAUUGUUCAAAUCAUUUGGUCUAAAAUUUCUUGGAUAAACUAUGAAUUUUAUAUUGUUAUUAUUAUUUUACUUCAUAUUUCUCUUGCAUUACAGCAAAGCAUAUGUGGUAGACAUUGGCAAUAUUUGGGAAGUGAAAUGUCCACGUGAAUGUUCUUGUGCAUUACUUCGCUAUGCUGAUUUACCAUUGCACCAGUGGAUCAACUCUACUAAUGAUUUUGAGGCAAAGGAUAGUUCUAAUCAUGUUCAUGGUGAUCACCCUCUAGCCAAUGAACUUCUAAAAGUGGCAACAUGCGUUAUUUUUGAAAAUCCAUCAAAGUUGUUAUCAAAAAUGCCUGAAGAUGUACAAAUCUUUACAAUUCUAGAAUCAGGAUCUGGUGAUACUGAAAUGAUUUUACAAGCAUCUGACAUGCAACGAUUCGCAGAUUUACUUUCUUUGGAUAUUCAAGGAAUGGAAUCUAGAGAUCCUCUAAGAAUUACUAGUAUUGAAGAAAGUAAAAGUGGAAUUAUUUUAUCAGCCGACACACUUCUUCCAUUGGGAACAACGUUACUCUAUUUGAAUUUAGAACGUGUAACGCUAACAAGAUUGAGCAUAACAGAUAAAAGCAAAGCAAAUCUUGUCAUUAAACCUAGAAAUCUUCCAGAAGAUAAUGAAGCUAAUAUAUAUAAUGAAAAUCAGAGCGGUCAUAGAUUGAUUUUUUUGAGUCAACAAUCAGGCAAUAAUAAUGAUGACAAAGAAAUUUUGCCGUAUGAUAUUUAUAAACAAGAAAUGGAGGGAUAUAGAGAAUCUGCUGGAGUUUUCGCUGGUCUGAGCGCAUUAUCACAUCUGAGAGUUUAUGAUUGUGCUCUAAAGGAUGUCUCUUGGCAUAUGUUUGAUGGUCUUGAAAACUUGCAGUACUUGUCUUUGCAAAGAAAUGACUUAAAAUUUAUUCCCGAGUUCUGUUUUUAUGGAACACCAAAUUUAAAGCAAUUAUCACUUGCUAACAAUGAAUUACUUACACUAAAAAGUGUGGAUUUAGCUGGGCUGUUGAUGCUUGAAAAGCUGGAUCUCAGUGGUAAUAACUUAACUUUUUUAUCAGAGUUGUCAUUUCCUCCAUUUCCAGCACUAACAUCAGCAGAUUUUCGUGAAAACCCUUUUGAGUCAAUAUUUCCAAGCACUUUUGAAAUAAUGAAUCGAACAACUCAUUUGAAAUUAGGUGGCAAUGGAGCCAAACUGAAAUUAGAAAAGAAUGCUUUUCUUGGAUUGAAAAAUUUGGAAGUUUUGCACAUUUAUAAUAUUGAAAUUCCAGUACUGGAGAGAUACAUAUUUCAAGGAAUGCCAUCUUUGAUGGAAUUGAAGUUGAGAGGAAAUAUUUCUACUAUUGAAUUUGAUGCGUUUAUUGAUCUUAAGAGUAUUGUCACCCUAGAUUUGAGUCACUGUCUUAUUUCAAAGAUAUCAAUGGAUGCUUUUUAUGGAUUAGAGAAUGUAAAACGAAUUGAUCUUUCCUACAACAAUUUAGACUACAUUCCACCAGGAUUGUUUUCAAUGCAGCAACAAAAGCAAUUGAGAGAAAUAAUUCUCACAAAAAAUAAUCUCUUGAAAUUGCCUCCUGACUUUUUUAAAAGUCUACGUCUAUCUAAUAAGCAGUUUAUGGUAGAAAACAUAAGAUUGGAUGGAAAUCCUUGGGAUUGCAACUGUGACAUGACAAAAUGGAACCCUCAUUUGAUUAACAGGACAAGAGAAACUGCCCCUCGUUGUUUCACUCCAAAAUCUUUAAGGAACUAUGGCAUUUUUUAUGCACUUCGUAAAGGAGGAUUAGAUUGCAAAUGGAGAAAACGCAGACUCAGGAGAAAGCAAGCAAAACUGGAUAAGACAGAGAACAAUGAAAUUGACAAUGAAAUCAGUUAGAUAUUUGUCUUAUUUCUUGAUAUAUAUAUAUAUAAUUUAAAAGCAAAAUGGUUUAAUUUAGCUUCUAGUAUGUGUGGCAUUUAAUUAAAAAUUAAAAAAAGGUAUUUACCUCUUAA